CUCCGGCAGGCAACAGAUGGCGGCGGCAGAAAGUGCGUUUGCUUGCGGCUCUAAUCUGUCAGGGUGGAGGCGUCUGGAUCAGCUUCUAGAAUUGGGUUUUUAAUGGUGUCAAUGGAAGAAACCAAGUUAGACUAUCUUAAGUGAAAAUUAUUUUCUCAACACCAGUUGUUAUUCCGCUUUUUAAUUUGGAUUUCUCCCAAGAGGCCGCAGAAGCCUCGGACUCGAUUUAGUAAACCCACGGAGCCGAGCGGGAGGAGACGCUAGUGGAAUUGUUUUGAAAAGUCUCCUAAAACGCAAUUGACAACGCUUAUAGUUCGGAAGUCCUACACUACGUGUUUUCUUGGCGUCAGUUCUGCUAACAAUCGCGAAAAAGAACCAGUAAUGCGGCGAAGAGAAGUUCAGGAGACGAGCUAAAUGCUAGUUAGCUUCAAAGUAGCGGCGUUGAAUGAAUGAAUAAGUCGACCAGCUGGAUUUAAGUGACCGCGUACUGCCGAGAACGUCCAAUAUCCCUGUCCCCGAUUGUUUUCCACCCAAGCGAGCCUUUGUGGGGAGUUGUCCCUUCACUUUUAUCCACAAAUCGAUCGGAAUGCGGCGCUCGGAAGUUGGAAAGCGGCAUUUUAGCAGAGUCAGUGUGGCGGAACUCCCCGUUGUCUCCUAAUGUUUAUCACACCCAGGGAAGCUAGCUAGCUAGCCGCGGGUUGAAGGCACUUCUCCGGUUAUCGGGCGGUAACAGCGUCACGCUCACAUCCAGUUUGGGAAUGGGGAAUUCAGUGUCGUGCUGCGUCUCUCCGGAGUCGAGCCCCAAACUUCCGUCGAGACAAGCCCCGGAGCGGCUGGAGGAGCUCCACACCAGCACGGAGGUGAGCGACGACAACACGGUGCCCUACCUGCAGCACAUCAGCGACAGGGAGCUCCUGGACGACCUGGCCUUGGAGUCAAACCCGUCGGACCACGCCCGAGCGAGCACCAUCUUCCUUAGCAAGUCUCAGACCGACGUGCGGGAUCGGAGGAAAAGCAACCACAUAAACCACCACGUGAGUCAUGUGUCUCCUGGUCCGUUAUCGAAGAAGUACAGCUCCUGUUCCACCAUCUUCAUCGACGACAGCACCGUCAGCCAGCCAAACCUCAAAAGCACAAUCAAAUGUGUCACUUUAGCGAUCUACUACCACAUCAAAAACAGGGACUCAGACAGGUCUCUGGACAUCUUUGAUGAGAAGUUGCACCCUUUAUCAAGAGAGCCGGUACCGGAGAACUACUCGUUCGUCGACCCGGAGCACAAGCUGAUCUACCGCUUCGUCAGAACGCUCUUCAGCGCCGCGCAGCUCACGGCAGAGUGCGCCAUCGUCACGCUCGUGUACUUGGAGCGCUUGUUGACCUACGCCGAGCUGGAUAUCUGCCCCGCCAACUGGAAGCGCACCGUCCUGGGAGCCAUCCUGUUGGCCUCCAAAGUCUGGGACGACCAGGCCGUGUGGAACGUCGACUACUGUCAGAUCCUCAAAGACAUCGCCGUAGAGGACAUGAACGAGAUGGAGCGCGAGUUCCUGGAACUGCUCCAGUUCAACAUCAACGUUCCGGCCAGCGUCUACGCCAAGUAUUACUUUGACCUGCGGCAGCUGGCCGACGACAACAACCUCAACUUCCCACUGGAGCCGCUCAACAACCAGCGCGCCCAGAAACUCGAGGCCAUCUCCAGACUGUGCGAGGACAAAUACAAAGACCUGAGUCGAGCGGCCAUGAGACGAUCCCUCAGCGCGGACAACCUGAUCGGCGUACGACAUUCGAACGCCGUGCUCUCAUAGGGUCACCUCUGACCUUUGACCUCUGACGCUGGGCUCCAAACAGACUGGUCUCAGGCGCCGAACCACAGAACGGCGUGCUCACACUGGGAAGCUGCAGGAGAAACUGAUUUUAUGAGUUUUUUAUUUAUUUCUUACUUGACCUGUAUUUCCAAAAGAAAAGUUUGUUUUUUAGCACUCUGAACUGUUAAAACUGUUUAAACAGGUCGUUUCUGACUUGACACGAUGAGGCGGCGUUCUAGUCCCUGGACAACAUUAAAAAAUUAAAUUCAGACGAACAUCAGUGAAAGCUUUUUAAAUCAGGAACUACGUCUGUUUACGGUUACUUUAUACAGAAACAUGAACCAGUCGAGAGCGUUUAGCAAUGUUGGUCUGCUCGGGGCACAUCAGGGAUCGGUGCUUGGGUUCCAUUUAUUUUCCCAGGGUUUUAGAAGAGCGAAAACUUUGACAAGUUUUUACCAUAAAUUAGGUUUGACGGCAGAAACCUGAUCUAAUUGUGUGACUCGCGUACAGCACGCCUCAUCUAAGACGGUGUUUAGUGUUUAAUACUCGACAGGAAACAGUUGCAGUGAACUUCCUGUCAGCGGUUUGUUGU